AUGCUUCCUGCUCGAGCCAUGUCGGGGGUCAUCCCGUUGGCCAAAAGAACCAUCCCCUUUGUUCUCUUGAUCGCCGUCUUCUACUUCUUCACCCACUCGGGCCGGCCCUACGCGGACGAUGUGAUUCUCCGGUUCAAGGAUUCCAAGACGGUAUUCGUAGACAGCAUCAUCGACAACGACUUGCCCGGCUCCACCUCGGAUGGGUCGGCGCUGCAGGAGCUCUGCUCGAGCAGAGACUGGCAUGAAAACAGGGUGAUGAGCUGCGAGACCGGAAAGGAAGGCGUAACAUCUGUCCGUCAGUGGCAGCUCCAGUGCAUCCGUGUCGCCAUCGAGGCCGGAGCCACAACCGUCAUCCUCCCCAGCAUCGUCCAGCGAAAGGACCGUUACUUCCAGCGGGGCAAGCGUGCUCACGCGCCCCUCACCGGCGUGGCGAUGGAUUACAUGUUCGACUUCCACCAUCUCAACGACACGCUCGGGGCCCACUGCCCUCGGAUCAAGCUUGCGACCAGCAUCUCCGACUUUCACGACGUGUACAGCCUGCUCGGCGCAACCAACUUUAAGCUGGGCGACCCGGUCGGGAUGGACGAGAAGAGCAAGGGGGCGGAGUACAUUCUCCCCAAGCCGGAGGAAUGGGCCCCCAAGUUCGACACCUGGGUCGAGGAGCAGCAGGCCAAGGCGCCCCCGACGAGCCACCUCAGCGAUCCCUAUCGCCUCCACUUCAUGGCUUCCAAGGUGCACUUCCCCGUGUACCACGACUCGGCCCAGAUCCGACGCGACCUGAGCGCUGCCCUGCGCUUCCGUCGGGACGCGCGGGUCCUGGCCAGCGCGGCCCUCUACCGUCUCGUAAGCAAGUACGGCGUCAACCUCGAUCCUCACAAGGCCACGGUGCGGACGGGUUUCGCGGGAAUUCACAUGCGCCUCGAGCUCGACGUCCAGGAAGGCAAGGCCAAGAACGCUCCCGACUUUGCGUAUCAGGCCUCGGAAAGCGUAAAAUACGUAUCCGGUACCGGCCUCAGCCUGGCCUUCCUCGCCUCGGGUGGCCCCCAGGAGAAGACGGCCUCCUUCAUCGAGGGCGCCCGGGAGUUCAACCUGACUGUUCUCACCAAGGACAUGCUCCUCGACGACAAGGAGAAAGCCCAGCUCAGGAGCUUUAGUUACGACCAGCAGGCCAUCGUCGACUACGAGAUCAUGAGAUAUGCGACGCGCAUGGUGGGCAUCGGCGUGAGCACAUUCUCGUCUGACCUCGCCCUCGUCAGGGCAGACAUGUACAGCGAUAUGCCGAUCGAGGAUACUCCGGAGCCCGACAGCACGAUGAUGUGGCACGACGACUUUACGAGCCUAAUCUGGCGUAUUGACGGUGUUAAAUGGUCGGACUGGGUGAAGAGCUGGUGGCCCUAA